AUGUCGGACGGACAGCCAAGCUCUCGUAUAGCCAGGAUCCCUUCGUCUGAUGCACAUGCAUAUGUCAAGGCAGUGCUUGAAGCGAACAAAGUCUCUCCAGAACACGCCUCGACAGUCGCGGAUUGUCUUGUUGCAGCGGAUCUGAGAGGAGUGGAUACACAUGGUGUCAACAGAAUCCCAUCCUACGUGGCUCGAAUCAGACAAGGCGUGUUGGACCCAAAAGCAGAACCAGAACUCAAAGAAAUUACACCUGUUGUUGCUCAAGUCGAUGGCAAGAACGGAUUCGGUUUUGUAGCUGCAAAACUCGGCAUGGCGAAAGCUAUUAAUAUGGCCAAAACAUUCGGCAUCGGCAUGGUGUCGGUCAAACACUCCAAUCACUUCGGGAUGUCAGCAUGGGUAGUUCAGCAGGCUCUCGACGCUGGCCUUAUGUCCCUUGUUUUCACCAACUCUUCUCCAGCAUUGCCAGUUUGGGGAGGAAAAUCCAAGCUAAUGGGAGUGUCACCCAUUGCUUGUGGAGCUCCAGGAAAUGAGCACCCUUUCAUUCUGGAUAUGGCGCCGUCUGUUGCUGCGCGCGGCAAAAUCUAUAAAGCAAAGCGUCGUGGCGAAAAGAUCCCAAAAGAUUGGGCAUUAGAUGCCGAAGGACGACAGACAGACGACCCGGCAGCAGCUCUCGAAGGUGUCAUGUUGCCAAUGGGCGGACCGAAGGGAAGCGCCUUGGCGAUCAUGAUGGACGUCUUCAGCGGAGUCUUAUCUGGGUCCGCUUUUGCAGGCCAUGUCACAAACCCAUACGAUCCAUCACGGCCCGCGGACGUUGGCCACUUCUUGGUCGCAAUCAAACCAGACCUGUUUAUGAGCAUGGAAGAUUUCAAAGAUAGGAUGGAGUAUCUGUAUCAGCGCGUCGUCGGCUCGGACAAGAUGGCUGGAGUCGAUCGCAUCUACAUGCCAGGAGAGUUGGAACAACUGACACAACAAGAGAGAGCGCGAUCGGGAAUACCAUAUGUUGAAGCAGAGAUUGAGGCCUUAAAUGAAGAGGCUAGGCGAGUUGGCUCACACGAGAUCAAUGUGUCGGACUGGGAGCAAAAGGGAGAACGCGAGAAUUGA